GUGACGCGGGUCAGCUGAGCGCGGGCGGAAGUGGCGGGUGCGGGCCUGUGGUGCCGGUGUCCGCCAUGGCGUCCAUUCUGGACGAGUACGAGGACUCGCUGUACCGCUCCGCCGCCGUGCAGCACAGCCGCGCCAGCGUGGGCAUCCCGCACUCCGGAUAUGUGAAUGCACGUCUGGAGAAGGAAACACCAAUAUUUAACAAGCAAAGGAUUGAUUUUGCUCCUCCAGAGAAAAUUAACAGCUUAGUGGUCUCCUCUAACCAGCUGUGUAUGAGCCUUGGCAAAGACACCCUUCUCAGGAUUGAUCUUGGGAAGCCAGAUGAACCUAAUCAGGUGGAGCUGGGACGCAAAGAUGAAGCCAAAGUCUACAAGAUGUUUUUGGACCACACAGGCUCCCAUCUCCUGAUUGCUCUGAACACCAGUGAAUGCCUUUACCUGAACAGAAGUGUUCAGAAAGUGCGAGCACUCUCCCGCUGGAAAGGCCACUUGAUUGAAAGUGUGGGCUGGAACAAAUUCCUUGGUACAGAGACCAACACGGGGCCUAUCCUGGUGGGGACAGCCCAGGGGCAGAUCUAUGAGGCUGAAAUCUCUGUCAGUGAGGGAAGCCUCUUCAGUACUAAUCCUGACCAGUACUUCCGACAGGUCUACACUCUGGAGGAGGAAUCAGGACCUGCCCCAGUCUGCUGCUUGGAGAUUGAACGAGGAAUAGAAGGGAAAUUUUUUAUUAUAGCCACCACUCAAAAGAGACUUUUCCAGUUUGUUGGCAAAGUGCCUGAAGGGACAGAGCAGCAAGGCUUCAGCUCCAUAUUUGCUUUGCAUGCUGACCAUUUGCCAAGCUUCCGGGAGUUUCCGGCCAGCUUUGGUUUCAGUGAGAUAGCCUUUUACACCCCAAAACUGCGCUCCAACCCACGCUCCUUUGCCUGGAUGAUGGGAAAUGGUGUUUUGUACGGUACACUGGAUUAUAGCCGUCCCGAUUCAAUUUUGAGUGAUGAACGGGUCUGGGUUUAUCCUUCUGAUAUUGACAUAACUGUGAACAAACCGAUAUCCAUUGUACUUACCCAGUUCCACUUCUUGCUGCUGCUGCCUGAUCGAGUGAAGGCUGUGUGCACUCUGAAUGGGCAGGUUGUUUUUCAAGAUAUGUUCCUGGAGAAGUUUGGUUUUCUGACACGCAUGAUCAAAGAUCCCACAGUCCAGCAGAUCUGGAUCCACACUGAGAAAGUGGUGUUCCGCUACCAUGUCCAGCGGGAAUCUAGAGAUGUGUGGAAGAUGUAUAUGAAUAUGAACAAAUUUGAUUUAGCCAAAGAGUAUUGUAAAGAUCGUCCAGAGUGCCUAGAUAUUGUGCUGGCAAAAGAAGCAGAGCACUGCUUCCAAAACAAGAGGUAUCUAGACAGUGCCAAGUGUUAUGCGCUGACCCAGAGCUACUUUGAGGAAAUUGCCCUUAAGUUCAUUGAAGCCAAGCAAGAAGAGGCCCUGAUGGAGUUUCUGAUUAAGAAGCUGAGUAAUCUGAAGCCUUCUGAGAAGACACAGACCACUCUGCUGACCACGUGGUUAACGGAGCUGUACCUGAACUGGUUAGGUGUACUGGAAGGAGAUCCCUCACAGCGAAAUCUCUAUCUGGAUACACGGGAGAAGUUUCGCACAUUCCUGAGCAGUCCUAAAAACAAAGACUGUCUGUUUAAUAACCGGGCAUCUAUUUAUGAGCUCUUGGCAAGCCAUGGGGACACAGAGCACAUGGUCUACUUUGCAGUCAUCAUGCAGGACUAUGAGCGUGUAGUAGCUCACCACUGCCAGCACGAUGAGUACGAUGAGGCUCUAAAUGUGCUGUCCAGGCACAGAGACGAGAAACUGUUCUACAAGUUCUCUCCAGUCCUCAUCCAGCAUAUUCCCAAGAAGGUAGUUGAUGCUUGGAUUUCUAUGGGCUCUAGACUGGAUGCUAGGAACCUCAUUCCAGCCCUUGUUAACUAUAGCCAGAGUGCCAGCACCCAGCAGAUCAAUGAAGCCAUUAGAUAUAUGGAAUUCUGUGUCUAUCAGUUGGAGGAAACUCAGCAAGCCAUUCACAACUACCUGUUGUCUCUUUAUGCUUUGUGUCGGCCGGAUUCGCUGCUAUCUUACCUGGAGCAAGCAGGAACCAACCCAAACAGGAUCCACUAUGACUUGAAGUAUGCAUUGCGCCUGUGUGCAGAGCAUGGGCACCACCAUGCAUGUGUCCAUAUUUACAAAGUGAUGGAAUUAUAUGAGGAGGCUGUGGAUCUUGCCUUACAGGUGGAUGUUGAUCUUGCGAAGUCCUGUGCAGAUCUCCCUGAAGAUGAUGAGGAACUCCGGAAGAAGCUCUGGUUAAAGAUUGCUCGCCAUGUUGUUCAGGAAGAGAAGGAUGUCAAGAAGGCAAUGGCCUGCCUCUCCAGCUGUGCCCUGCUGAAGAUUGAAGAUGUCUUGCCAUUCUUUCCAGACUUUGUCACCAUUGACCAUUUCAAGGAGGCAAUCUGUAACUCUCUGGAGGACUACAACAAGCACAUUGAGGAGCUGAAAAGGGAGAUGGAGGAAGCCACACAGAGUGCCAAGAGAAUCCGAGAGGACAUCCAGGAAAUGAGAAAUAAGUAUGGCUCUGUGGAGCCUCAGGAAAAAUGUGCUGCUUGUGACUUCCCACUUCUAAACCGCCCUUUUUACCUUUUCCUGUGUGGCCACAUGUUUCACUAUGACUGUCUCCUCCAAGCGGUGUUCCCAAACCUUCCUGCCUAUAAACAGGCAAAACUUGAAGAUCUUCAGAAGAAGCUGGCAGCUACCAGUCAGCCUUCCAAGAGUCACCAUCGUCCCAAGGACACAGAUACCAUUAGCUUGGGGAAGGGGCAGCAGAGCCGGGAACAGAUCAAAGCUGACAUUGAUGAUAUUGUGGCAGCUGAAUGUGUGUACUGUGGGGAGCUGAUGAUCCGGUCAAUUGACAAGCCUUUUAUUGAUCCCCAGAAGUAUGAAGAAGAGAUGCAGAGCUGGCUGUAGUUUUCCAAGCCUGCAACUGUCAGUACACAAGAGUGGUUUUGUUCACAACUUGUGAAGCUUCUGUGGUGAGAAUAUAAUCUCCAGAAGCAGGAACACAGUGGCAACUGUUGAACUCUUAAUAAAAGAGUAGUGGGGUCACUAUGGUGAGCUAGUCUUGAAACAUGUGGAGAAAUAGCUAUGGCUGUCUAAGAACUCAAACAAUAGUUAAGAGUUAAUCUACUGGAAUAUAUUUAGCAGAUGUUUCCUGCUUGCAGUUCUUCUGAGGUUCUCAGUGUGAAGCUAAUGGAGUGCCUUGUUGUCCAGAAGGAAUUGGGAACAACCUAUGAUUUAUCUUCCCUGUUGUGUGGUAUUUGUUUUGGUGAAGACAAGCUUGAAGGAAAAGGUAGUGAACACUAAGCAGUGUAGGGUUCAUUCAUCAUCCAAAGCUAGAAUUGCCUUCUGUUUCCUUUUUGCUGAGAGUCUAUAACCACAUACAUGGAAAGGACAUGAAAGGACAAAUGCUCUUGCAUUUAUAUUUUGUAUUUGUGUAGCAUGAUGUUUACAUGUUUCUACACAAUGUAAUACAAGAAUGUGUGUAAUUCUCAAGCAGGAGUGUCUCAUAAUACACAUUUGUCUGAAAUUUAAGGUGUCUAAUUCUCUUUCCCACAAGCUAUAUGGACAAGACCAUACAUUUCAGUUUUCUCUAGCUACUGUUUCUGGCAAUAUUUUGUAGCCUGUUCACCCCUUCCUCACUAUCUGAAUCCUAUUUCUAAUACAGCUGUCUUUGUAUAGUGGGUCUUGGUUUUGUCUUUGCCCAACCCAAAAUUUAUAUAUACAGUAGUCAUGUUUUAGCUGGUAGAUAUUCUGCAAGCAGGAACACAACCUGUUUGUAUUGUCCUGUUGUCAUCCACCACAAGCUGCACUUGAGCACUAGAUAGGAGAUCCAGUCAUAGGUUCCCUGAAGGGUAGACUACAGAAAAGUUCUGUUGGUGUGAAAUUGCUAUUUGAAACCAGAACCUAGUGACCAGGCAGUCUUGCCUUCCUGACAGUAUUUGAUACUUUCUGGAGGUGGCAGCAGGUCACUGUAGGUCUAUUGCUCCGACUUGGGAAAUUUUUCCCAGAAGGUGGAGAUCACUGCAUUGUGGGUGAGGGAUCUAACCAUCGUAUUCAAUUGACUUAGCAAGGAUUCCUUGGUUUAGUUUUGAAGAAACUAAAGUUUUAAUGAAAUUCUGCUGUUUGAGGCUGAAUCCCAAAUGUAGUGAUUGGCAGAAGGAUGGAAUCAUCUAAAUUAAAAAUGAUGAUUCUUGUAAUUAAGGCAACAAAAAAUACUUUCUCCUGCAAAACUUCUUCAGUUCUUUCACAUGAAUGCAUGUGCUUGAAUACCUCUCUGCCUGCUAGUCAUGCUCUUUGUGGCAUUGUAGAAAUGGGUCUUCACACCAUUGAAAGGGAUUAUAAAUUGGUUUCCUCAAGGAGCUGACCUAAGAAUGUUGGUAACUGUACAGCAGUCCAGAACAUCCGUGCUUUUGUUGGGAACUUCAGCCUGGAAUGAAUGGAUCUUAUCUGUAUAAAACUACGUGAGUAAUAAAAGCCAGAGCUGACAGUAGGAAUACCUGAGGUUUUGAGACCCUCUUUUCAUUGUUGGAGCCAUGGGAUAGGCAGUCUCAUUGCCACCUGGUAGUGUUUGUUGCUGCUUUAUCAAACCACUGUUUCAGUGUUCAGAAACCACACAUGCUGUAGUUUUGUUUGGCUCUGGAUAGCCUUUUGCUUUGAGUAAGUCAGUGGGUCUGCCAGAAGAAUUUGUGAUGAAAACUGAAUGUGAUGUCUUUUGAAGUUCAGCAUUAAACCUGUUGUAACUGGC